CUCUUUUACCCUAGACUCUCUUGACCCAGAUUCCCUUGAUACCUAGGUCUCUAUGACCUAGGCCCCCUACGACCCUAGAUCCCCCAGACGCUGCCUUUUUUAUGCUCCAGGGCCCUCAAUCAUAUCUAUUUGAUACGGGAGGGUGAGAAUCUCAGUUCUCUCUUUUCAGCCCUUGGAGGUGCUCUUUGGUAUGCAAUCCUUUCAAGUGUGAUGCAGCAGCGAAUAACAUCAGAGGCAGUACAAGACGUUUUUGACGUGGCCAUCAACAUCAGCAACACCUCUUAUGUCGAUGCUCGAAAUUGGAUAUUACAGUGGCAAGGUGAUUUGGACGUCAGAAGCCUUUUGACCAGUAUGCUGGGUACGUCCGCGCUGUGGGAUGGCUCUCGAGACAAUGAAGCUGGACUGAUCAAGAAGAAGUUCGACCCUUUCUUCUUGACCUUUAUUUGCUCUGUCAAGCAUUUGAACGCGUUCUGGGAUAUGACUUUUCCUCCUUCAAAGCGACGAAAGAGCAUGGACCCUGGUUUACGUAGCCAACGCCCAGACUUCUUUGUCUGUGCUAUGCUAUCCAGUCACCAGUGCUACCUCUUCACUGUGGAGGUCAAGAAGGCUGUCCAAGGGCUUGUUAUUCAAUCGGAUCUGGAGAAACUUGCCAGCGAGAUGAAAGAUGGGAUUGACGAUCUUGCUAGCCAAAGGAUCAACAUCUCAUCUGUGAGAGUCUUUGGAAUGGUGGUUAUUGGCAUGCGGGGGGACAUUUAUAGCAUGGCGCUGGAAGCUAAUGGCCUCUACGUAAUGCGUUCUUACACGGCCGUCUUUGCUCCACGCUCACACAAGGGCUUGGGUGGCCUACCCUUGACCAUCAAUGUUUUUCUUAAUCUCAAAGCCGAUAUUGAGGAAUCAAUCCAACUCUGCUCACGCCCACUCUUGCCGGCCAUUGCCCCACAGAUCUGCAAAAGUUUUGGCACUCCAGUGAAGUACCACAUCAAGUGAAACCGAUGUUGGUGCCUCUUCCUAUCUCUCAAGUAGCAACGUGAGGAAUCCGCAGAAUAUUCUAUGAGUCGUCAGCUUGGCUGCCGCAAGCCAGCUCUGCCUAUAACUUCGUGAAUUUCGAUAACUUUAUAAUCUGUCUUCCCAACUAGACCGCACCCAUUAAUCCUUUAAGACGACAGCCAGCGGAAAGUAAAAUGGCUUUCAGCCUCGCACCCACAUUGGGCCCGAAUUCAGCCCCAGAUCGCUGCAUUGAGCUCCAUUCAAAUGGUAUAAAGGAGGAGCACGCCCUCAAAUCCUCAUAUCGCUCAUUACACAUUCUGCCUUCAUACGCUAUAAAUUCAAGUCGUAUCACUCUUAUCAAACAAGCCUUCCAAAUCGUCGCCAGAAUGGUAGGUUACUGCGUCAUUUUGUCUCUUCUUUGGUCCUCUGUAUAUGACAGUUUUUGUACCUGACACGCGUUUCCUCUGCUUUCGUGUGCAG